AUGGAUAAAAGUAAGCAGAUGAACAUCAACAACUUGUCCAACAUCCCCGAGGUGAUUGACCCUGGCAUCACUAUCCCAAUAUACGAGGAAGAAUACGAGAACAAUGGAGAGAGUAAUAGCCAACUGCAGCAACAACCCCAAAAGCUUGGAUCAUAUAGGUCGCGAGCAGGAAAAUUUUCUAAUACAUUGAGUAACCUUUUGCCCUCCAUCAGUGCCAAGUUACACCAUUCGAAGAAAAAUAGUCACGGAAAGAACGGUGCUGAGUUUUCCUCUAGCAACAACAGUUCCCAAUCUACGGUGGCGUCCAAGACACCAAGGGCCAGCCCUUCCAGGAGUAAGAUGAUGGAAAGUUCUAUAGACGGUGUAACUAUGGAUAGACCUGGCAGUUUAACCCCUCCUCAAGACAUGGAAAAAUUGGUGCAUUUUCCUGACUCGAGUAAUAACUUCUUAAUUCCUGCCCCCCGAGGAUCUAGCGACUCGUUUAACUUGCCACAUCAGAUCUCGAGGACGAGAAACAACACAAUGUCUUCUCAGAUAACUUCCAUUUCAUCAAUCGCCCCCAAGCCUCGUACUUCGAGCGGAAUAUGGUCUUCAAAUGCUAGUGCGAACGAUCCCAUGCAACAGCACCUUUUGCAACAAUUGCAACCUACGACAAGCAAUAAUACAACUAAUUCAAACACGCUCAACGAUUAUUCGACAAAAACUGCAUAUUUUGACAACAUGGUAUCUACUAGUGGAAGCCAAAUGGCAGAUAAUAAGAUGAAUACGAAUAACUUGGCUAUCCCAAACUCUGUUUGGUCAAAUACCAGACAGAGAUCUCAAUCCAACGCGUCUAGCAUAUAUACCGACGCUCCACUGUACGAACAGCCCGCUCGUGCCAGUAUUUCAUCGCACUAUACUAUUCCAACACAGGAAUCUCCAUUGAUUGCUGAUGAAAUAGAUCCGCAAUCCAUCAAUUGGGUAACAAUGGACCCCACUGUACCAUCAAUAAACCAAAUAUCGAACCUUUUACCCACAAAUACCAUUUCUAUUUCCAACGUUUUUCCCCUACAGCACCAGCAGCCACAAUUAAAUAACGCGAUAAACUUAACAAGUACUUCCUUGGCAACCCUAUGCUCCAAAUAUGGUGAAGUCAUAUCUGCUAGGACUUUAAGGAAUUUAAACAUGGCUUUAGUUGAAUUUUCUUCCGUGGAAAGUGCCGUAAAAGCCUUAGAUAGUUUACAGGGCAAGGAGGUAUCUAUGAUUGGAGCACCAAGUAAAAUUUCAUUUGCCAAAAUCUUACCUAUGCAUCAACAACCCCCACAAUUUCUUCUCAAUUCUCAAGGCUUGCCAUUGGGUUUAGAAAACAACAAUUUGCAACCACAGCCUUUAUUACAGGAGCAGUUAUUCAAUGGAGCUGUGACUUUCCAACAACAAGGAAAUGUUUCUAUACCUGUAUUUAACCAGCAAUCACAACAAUCGCAGCACCAAAACCAUAGUUCGGGUUCUGCUGGUUUUAGCAAUGUUCUCCAUGGUUAUAAUAAUAACAAUAGUAUGCACGGAAACAACAAUAACUCAGCAAAUGAAAAAGAACAAUGUCCUUUCCCUCUACCACCACCUAACGUUAACGAAAAGGAAGAUUUGUUAAGAGAGAUCAUCGAACUUUUUGAAGCAAAUUCCGAUGAAUACCAAAUCAAUUCGUUGAUAAAAAAAUCGCUGAAUCACAAAGGCACUUCCGAUACGCAAAACUUUGGACCUUUACCAGAACCAUUGUCUGGCAGGGAGUUCGAUCCACCAAAAUUACGCGAAUUGCGAAAAUCAAUCGAUUCAAACGCAUUUUCCGACUUAGAGAUCGAACAGUUGGCUAUUGCAAUGCUUGACGAAUUGCCCGAAUUGAGUUCAGAUUACUUGGGUAACACUAUCGUUCAAAAAUUAUUUGAACAUUCAUCUGAUAUUAUUAAAGACAUCAUGCUGAGGAAAACAAGCAAAUACCUAACCUCUAUGGGUGUUCACAAAAACGGAACAUGGGCUUGUCAGAAGAUGAUCACUAUGGCGCAUACUCCGAGACAAAUCAUGCAAGUGACGCAAGGGGUCAAGGACUACUGUACUCCAUUAAUCAAUGACCAAUUCGGAAAUUAUGUCAUACAGUGCGUUUUGAAAUUUGGAUUCCCCUGGAACCAGUUUAUUUUUGAAAGUAUAAUAGCUAAUUUUUGGGUUAUUGUUCAGAAUAGAUAUGGUGCAAGGGCAGUCAGAGCUUGUUUAGAGGCACAUGACAUUGUAACUCCUGAACAAUCAAUAGUUUUGAGUGCAAUGAUCGUUACAUAUGCUGAAUAUCUAAGCACUAAUAGCAAUGGUGCGUUGUUAGUAACGUGGUUUUUAGAUACUAGUGUUUUACCCAACAGACAUUCUAUCUUGGCACCAAGAUUGACGAAAAGAAUUGUAGAGUUAUGUGGCCACAGAUUGGCUUCUUUGACUAUUUUGAAGGUCUUGAAUUACAGAGGGGAUGAUAACGCUAGAAAAAUCAUCCUAGAUUCCCUAUUUGGAAACGUGAACGCACACGAUUCUUCGCCACCAAAGGAAUUAACAAAGCUUUUAUGUGAAACAAAUUAUGGCCCAACCUUUGUCCAUAAAGUUUUAGCAAUGCCAUUAUUAGAAGAUGACUUAAGAGCCCACAUCAUUAAACAAGUCAGAAAAGUAUUGACGGAUUCUACUCAAAUCCAACCAAGCCGCCGUUUAUUGGAAGAAGUCGGGUUGGCAUCACCCUCUAGUACUCAUAACAAGACAAAACAACAACAGCAGCAGCAUCAUAACAGCAGCAUUUCGCACAUGUUCGCCACUCCUGAUACUUCUGGACAACACAUGAGAGGUCUUUCUGUUUCUAGCGUUAAAAGUGGUGGAUCUAAACAUACCACAAUGAACACCACGACUACAAAUGGUUCUUCUGCCUCUACAUUAUCCCCGGGCCAACCAUUGAAUGCCAAUUCUAAUUCUUCAAUGGGCUAUUUUAGUUAUCCUGGCGUCUUCCCUGUCAGCGGCUUUUCAGGCAACGCCAGUAAUGGAUAUGCUAUGAACAACGAUGACUUAAGUUCCCAGUUUGAUAUGCUAAACUUUAAUAACGGAACCCGUUUAUCGUUGCCACAACUGAGCCUAACUAACCAUAACAACACUACUAUGGAAUUAGUAAACAAUGUUGGCUCCUCACAACCUCAUACGAACAACAACAACAAUAAUAACAACACGAACUAUAACGACGAUAACACCGUUUUUGAAACUCUGACUUUACACUCUGCAAACUGA